AUGCGAUUGCAUGCGCUUACACAACCGAUCCUGAGCUCUACCUCGAGGGUGGUCUCCGUUCAAUUUUGCACAGCCGAGGCUGCGAAGGUCAAGGUUUUCCUUGCUGCGUCUUGGACUCAGGACUGGACAAAUAUCUCUUACGGCGACUUUCAGCUUUACGACCCCAAUCUUGCGUUUGUGGACCAGGCGGCGAUGACCAGCACGAUAAGACCUGCGCAUUUCAUCAAUGGCACGUUCGCGGAAUGGACUAUGCGUCUCGACGAGGACAGACAGAUUCGAUGUGUCCAGGCAGGUAAUGGCGGCAUCUUCCGCGUCCGGUCCGGCGAGCUUACGCUGCUUUUGGAAGAUGGAGAAAAGGAGUUUACUGUAGAAAGGAAGAAGGGGCGCCGGACGUUUUGGGAACAUCUUCAUCUGUCACCGCAUGUAGCCGCAGCUCGAGGUUUAUGGGAGCUUACCAAGCCGAUCACAAACCUUUAUUAUGCCAAGAUACCGACAUUCUACGAGGAAUAUCUCAGAGGGCGAUUGGGCAUUCCUGAGGUAGUAGAAACAGAGUAG